AUGAUGCACCGCCACUUCAAUCGUCAUCCCGCCACCGAAUCAGCCCUAGAAUCUACACAAAUCGGUCCCGCGCUCACCUCGCCCUUCAUCUACGCGCUCCCGGCCGCGGACCCCGCCAUGAUCAAGCACGCCGCGCCGCAGCACCCGCAGGCGCUCACAAAACUCCAACACCGCCUCCUCUACGAGUCCGACUCGGACUCCUCCUUCGAUCUCACCUUCAGCUCGCCUUCCAGCGUCGGCUCGGCGUCCGAAUACAGCGAUGUAGGCUACCAGUCCUCUGCCAGGUCGCGCACCUCGAGCUACGGAGCUGCACGUCGCAUGGGCAGACACAGCUCGGCGUCGCGCUCCGAGUCCAUCUCCUCGGUGCUCGGAUCGUCCAUCGCCAUCCAGAGGGUGCUCAUGGGCCACAACUCUUCCUCGAGCGUCUCGUCCAAAAACCAGCGCCAGUCGGUCCGCGCCAUCGCCAGUGCGUUUGAGCAGGUCGGAAGAGGCCCCAAUGCUGACUUGCCAAAAGUUGGUCGCCGCCAGCUGGACCGCGUGGACGAGCACGUUGCCUCCAACGGUGCUAGGCAAGCACAACCACUCAGGUCGCAACAGCCCCCAGCACCGGCUGCUGGACAGUCUGUGGAUGCACAGACCACGCGGCGUGCCGGCGCUAAUGGACCCCUUCCUGCCCGACUCGUCAUCUCCAAAGAGCCCGUCCGGGGGCCACUAUCCGCGCCCGCUGUCAUCACCGCGCCAGGGUCCCAAGCGUCGUCCGAGCCGCAAUUUACAUUUCCUCCUCGCGCAGGCGCGCCGCAACACGCGCCAACCGCCUCUCCGCCCGUCCGCGUUCGCAGCUUCAUCAGCCUCGGCGAGCGCGAUGACGACGAGCCUGUGUUCGACAUCAUCCCGUCGCCGUCUCGCAAGCGUAGCUUUGGGCUGCCACCCGCCUCGGCAUUGGCGACGCCGCAGCCGCGCACGGACACGGUGCCGCACGCGCCGCAGAGUGCGAGUGCGAGUCCGCUCGAUUCGCCGCGCUCGCUGGCGUCGCGCGACUCGAUGAUGUCGACGUACUCGAACGACUCGCUGGGCGAGCAUCCGUUUUCGCUGCAGCUGCCCACGGACGAUGACGGUGAGCGGCGGGUGAGUGCGGUGGGCUCGCUUCAUUUCGAUCUCGGCGGCUUUCCGAGCCCCUGCAUGGAUGCUGUGAGCACGGGCCGUGUGACGCCGGUGCGGGCCGAACACGUCACCCACGCCGCACCUUGUGCAGAUGAAGGCAGCACCGCCAGGGCGAGUACGACGUUGCAGCCGCUGUUGCUUUCCACUUCGCGUCCAUCAUCAUCGUCGUCGUGUGCGACGCUUGCGGCGUCUUCAUCCGCCACGCUGGCGUCUUGUAUGCGCAUCAACAACUCGACCACUUUUCCUCUUCCACCUAGCAGCUUUGUCAAGCCGGCAGCACGGACGAUUCGAGAGAUGCGGUGGCCUUUGGGUCAGACGCGGGAUUUGGGCGCAGAGUCGGGCGCGGAUACCACGCUUGCCGUCGACCAACUGCGUCGCGAAGCCCAAGCUAUCUUGGACUCGAUUCGCGAGGUGGGCGAAGAGAUCGACCGGGCUAUUCCACCAACACACCGACUACCUGGUAGCGGAUAUCGCGAAAAGAAGGCAGCCUCUCCAACAACAGCCGAAACUCCACACACCACCUCGUUUGUAAAGGUCGAUCAGAGCUACUCGGACGUCUGGCGCAUCGUCGACUCGUGGUACUGGUCCAGCUUCGAAGUGGGCCCCUCCCAGACAUAG